AUGGCCAUGGCGGCGGCCUGCUGUUUGUUGACCCUAACCCUAACCGUGAGCCUCGUUCCCUUGGUCUUUGGAAACUCUGAAGGGGACGCUCUGUACACGCUCAGGCGGAGCUUAUCGGAUCCCGAUAACGUGCUUCAGAGCUGGGAUCCCACCCUUGUCAACCCCUGCACUUGGUUUCACAUCACCUGCAACCAGGACAAUCGCGUUACCCGAGUUGACCUGGGUAAUUCAAACCUCUCUGGACAUUUGGUACCUGAACUAGGAAAGCUCGAGCAUCUUCAAUAUCUGGAGCUUUACAAAAAUAACAUUCAAGGAACUAUUCCAGCUGAGCUUGGUAACUUGAAGAGCCUCAUUAGCUUGGACUUAUAUAACAACAACAUAUCAGGGACCAUUCCUUCUUCAUUGGGGAAAUUGAAAUCACUUGUGUUUUUACGUCUCAAUGAUAACAAGUUAACUGGACCAAUCCCGCGGGAUCUUGUUGGUAUUUCAAGCCUCAAAGUUGUGGAUGUAUCCAACAAUGAUUUAUGUGGAACAAUUCCUACCAGUGGACCAUUUGAGCACAUCCCUUUAAACAACUUUGAGAAUAACCAUCGACUCGAAGGCCCAGAGUUGUUGGGGCUUGCAAGUUAUGACACAAACUGCUCAUGA